UUCGUUCACAUCGCAAAACAAGCUGUUUCAUUUCGAUCAGCACGUUUCAUAACACGGAAGCCAAAAUAUGUUUAUUUUCAAUUCUUGAGAUACAGUGUCAAACAUAUGCUGAGGAUAUUAAGUGUAACGUGAUUUAUGAGGCUUUAGACACAAAAAUAACACCCACGAACGAGUUGUGAAGCGCUGAAGAUACUAAAUUAUGAACUUUGAACUUUGACCAUCAUGACAGAAUUAAAAGCAUGUAAAGUAUGUAACGUUAGCCGACAGAAGUGUUAUGGGCUGGCGGUGAGCUCUCUGGAUCAACUCAAAUUAAAAGGUGGUGAGGCUCUAGGGUUUAGUCCCAGUGCAUCAGUCUCAGUGGUGCUUGAAGAAGAUGGGACCAUCGUAGAAGACAAGGCUUACUUUCUGUGUCUGCCAGCAAAUACAAAAUUUAUGCUGUUGCAUGCCGAUGAAAUAUGGAUGCAUACUCAUCAAAUCGAUGGAGGAACAGCACAGCCUUACAGAGUGUCUGCUAGUCUGGAGGUAGAUGGAAUAGACCAUGUUGAUGGCAUUGAAUCUUGGCACAGUUUGGCAAAACAGCUCAGACAGGACUUGGCCAGUAUUAUCCUCAUGUCCGAGGCAGAUCUACAGAGUUUGAUUGAUGUGCCAUGCUUCGAUCUGGCUGCAGCGUUGGACUUCUCACAGCAGAAAACCCAGGUCCUGCAGGACACGCUGCAGAGAAUGCUGGACCGCAAGGAAGAAGAAAGACAGUCCAAAGAGUUACUGAGGCUCUAUUUGAAAGCCAUGGAGCAAGAAGGCACCUUGGACCCACAAGAAGAAUGCGCUAAACUAGAUGAGACAGAUGGGGUGCAGGUGGAGGCCGCAGCAGGGUUCAGCUCCACUACGCUAAUGGUUCUGAAGGACAAAAAAUACCCAGAGACCAGACUGUCCAAUGAAGAGCUACAGAUGGUGGUGAAACAAGGAGUGGAGGUCAUGAUGGAGGUGUUGGGCCGAGACAGUGAAAGGACAUCAGCGCUGGUCCAGGCAUGUGAAAGUGAGCUCAGUAAACGCCUACAUCGAGUUCAAGCUCUGCAAUCCCUCAGCGCUCAAAACCAGUCCACUUCACAACCACAAGCUGAGAGAAACACCCGAGCUAAACGCAGAAAAGAACACACACGCUGAAGAUAUACAAGAUAUAUAUUCUAGUCUAUAUUCUUGGACCACUUCAUUACAUUUCAUGUAAAAAAAAAUAAAUAAAUAAAAAAAAAGCUUGAGCUUA